UGUCACGAUUUUUCCAUGCAGCAGCAAUUUAUCGUGACACCAUGGUUGUAGUGGGUGGGCGAACAGAGCUUGAUGAGUUCAGUGACAGUGUCUUGUUCUAUCAGAUCACCUGCAACACUUGGAUUCAGCCAAACACUUCUGAGUCUGUGAUUGGUACACCUUUGAAUGCUUCUAUUUCCCAUGCCAUGGCUGCUGCUAAUGGGCAAUUCUUCAUCACUGGAGGUUUUAAUGGUGUGGCCCUGGGACGUAUGCUGGCACUUACUGUGCCCUAUGAUCCUUGUCUGGUGCUAAGUACUCAACACUCCUGCAACUCAUCGAGUGGGAGCUGCAUUUGGUGUCGGACCAGCUGUGUGUCCUCGGAUACUGCUGAAAGACUUGGUUGUGGAUCAGGAAAAAGUCAGUGUUUUCCAAUGCCUCGGUCAGCUGGAGAGUGCCGGAGACUGAAGACUUGCAGUGAAUGCCUAGCCAGACACCCUCGGACAAUGGGUCUUGUAGCUGGUCAACUUCUGCAACAGUGUAAGUGGUGCACAAACUGUCCAGAGGGAGCAUGUAUUAGUAGUGAUGGAAGCUGUACUUCUGAAAAUGACUGUCGCAUCAACCAGCGUGAGAUCUUUGUGGCCAGCAACUGCUCCGAAAUCUCUUGUGAAGCAUCUGACUGUCCAAAGUGUACUGCCUCCGGUAAAUGCAUGUGGACCAGGCAGUUCAAAAGAACAGGAGAGACACGGCGUAUUCUGAGUGUGAGCCCAACUUACGAUUGGACGUGCUUUAGCCAUUCCCUGCUGAAUGUUUCCCCAAUGCCAGUUGAGUCCUCUCCACCAAUGUCUUGUCCCACUCCAUGUCAAGGCUACACCACAUGUACAGAUUGCUUAAAAUCUAAGGGUGCAGAUGGUGGUUGGCAGCAGUGUGUUUGGAGCAUCUCUCUGCAACAGUGCAUGAGCCCAUCAUACCUGCCUCUGCGCUGUGUGGCCGGGAUGUGUGGCCGUGUUCUGUUUGGGUCUGAAAACUGCUCUCCUGACUGUUCAAGAUUCCAGCAGUGUGCAUCCUGCAUUCGUCAGCCCCGUUGUGGAUGGUGUGCUGCCCAGGAAGAAAAUGGAAUGGGGCAGUGCAUACAGGGUGGACUUCAUGGACCUCAGAAUGACAGCACUGGAAACACAUGUGCAAAUUCAAAUGGAAUUUGGGCCUUCCUGUCCUGUCCCCCAGAGAACGAGUGUCUUAACAACCAUCAUGACUGUAAUGCUACACAGAACUGUAAUGACAAGCUGGAGGGCUAUGAGUGCACCUGUAAAAAUGGAUAUACUUUAGAUAAUAUCACAGGCCUUUGCAAGCCUGUUUGUGAACAAGGCUGCUUGAAUGGAACCUGCAUUGAACCAAAUCGCUGUCAGUGCCACUUUGGCUAUGUGGGGGAAAAUUGUUCAGUGGAGUGCCAUUGCAACAAGCAUAGCAACUGUGCUAGUGUAAGUGCACAGGACACGUGUCUGCAGUGCUUCAACAACACAAUGGGUGACCAUUGUGAAAAAUGUCGCCCACUCUUUGUUGGCUCAGCAGUAAAUGGUGGUAAUUGUCGACCAUGUCGAGAAUUCUGCAGGGGGAACAGUGAUAUCUGUAUAACAAGAGAUGAAUAUGAACAAGCAAGCCAUGAUCCAAUCAAGUACCUCCUUGACCCUGCUCUGAUACCCAGCUGGGUUCAUGAGGGCCCAACAGAGGAAAAUGCUAUCUGUGUGAGCUGUCAGAACAACAGUUUUGGGGAGAAGUGCGAGAGUUGCCUUUCAGGGUACUUUCUGCUAGACGGAAAGUGUACCAAAUGCCACUGCAAUGGACACGCUGAUGACUGCAACCAAAUAGACGGCACUGGAUGUCCCUGCCAGAAUAACACAGAGACUGCAUCCUGUCUAAACACACAGAAUGAUAAGAAGGAAUGUUACAAACAACAGUGUGCAAAAUGCAAGGACUCUUUCAAUGGUACUCCAGUGAAUGGACGCCAGUGUUACCGCCAGUUCAACGUGGAACAAGAGUUUUGCUUCGACCCGACUUCUCAGUCUAACUGCUUCCAUGAGCCAAACAUCAAAAACCUGUCCGCAGGCCGCACGGUUUUCUUUGCUGCUCAGCCCAAAUUCACUAAUGUAGACAUCCGGGUCACUAUCGAUGUUACCUUUGGUGCUGUGGAAGUCUACGUGUCCAACUCUCCUGAUACCUUCAUAGUGGAUGUGGAUCGUAACACAGGUGUCCAUAGCGUUCGCAUCGCCCAGCAGCAGACUGGUGAAGAUGGACGUGAUAUUCCAUCACCAAUAAAGGGAAUAAAUGACAGUCUUCAGCAGGCAUCUCUGCAGGCUGCAGUCAGUAGCCGAAAUGACCGAAUAAGAGAGGAACGAGCAACUGGACUGAUCACAUACAUCACUGUUAGCUACCAACAGACCAUCCUCAUAGUACGUGGGGUGAAGGACAGGGUAGUCAUUACUUAUCCUCAUGAAGUGCACUCCUUAAAGUCCAGCCGUUUCUAUAUUGCUCUGUUAGGCAUAGGAAAUGGCAAUGUGAGCGAAUCCCAGGGACUACUUUUCUUGCGUCAAGACCAGGCCCAUAUUGACCUGUUUGUAUUUUUUUCUGUUUUCUUUUCAUGUUUUUUCCUGUUCCUUUCAGUUUGUGUACUUUUAUGGAAAGUUAAACAGUUCCUGGAUUUCAGAAGAGAGCAGCGACGGCACAUCCAAGAAAUGACCAAAAUGGCCUCCAGGCCAUUUGCUAAACUGACAGUAUAUUUUGAACCCGAUGACCAGCAGCUUGUGUACCUUCCUGCCCGCACACACCAUGGUCCUCUCAAAGGUGGGGGAGGGGGUCCACGAAUAAAGCCUUAUCCUAAACAUGAUCCACCCUUGCACCAUCACCACCACCACCACCAUCACCACCAUUAUCAUCAGUUUUGUCGCUCUGACCCCUUCCUAUCCCAGCUUAUGGGAUUUUCCUAUUCCAGCUUCAAAGUGGGACCCAUAACUCUUGAACCUACAGAUGAUGGAAUGGCUGGAGUUGCAACAGUUCUUUUCCAACUGCCAGGUGGCAUUUUGGCCCCAAAUCGUGCCUGCCUAGGAUCUGCCCUUGUUACCCUCCGGCAUAAUCUCCAGGAGUACUGUGGAGCAAGUCAUGGAUCCACUCACUCUCGUAAAGGCAUCAUGAGCCAUGAGAAUCUCACCACCAUGUCCAUGUAAAAGAUUCAAGACCUCUUGCCAUGAACAUUUCAGAAAGGGACAGUUGUUUGGUUCCUUUUUUAAACUCUAAAAUAAAAAAGUCUUUUUAUUAUUUUUUUCUGAAUAACUGACAACUCAAGGAAGUGGCCAAGUCAGACUGUGUAGAAGCAUCUCCUGAUGUACUGAGCCAUUGCUGAAGCACAGGAGUUCAGCAGUUGGCACAAACUAUUAUGUAAAAGGAGUGUAAGGAAAUAACAUCAUUUGUGUGAAAGAGUAAUUUUGAGUAUUACAACACUAAGAUAAAACUCAUAAUUGUUUUAUGAAAUACUUCUUUUUAUAGUUUAGCCAGCCUCUCCAUUGGCAUUUGCCACCACACUACUCUUACUGGUCAUUAGUAGCUGGCUGACCAGUGAGAAAUUGUAAAUAAGUGUUUAUUGACAGCGAGGCCUGCUGAUUAUUAUUUUUUUUUAUUAUUAUUGUCAUCUUUUUUAUUGUUUAAAUGUAAAGAGCAAGGUCUUAAGGUCUUAUGUUUAUUGUACAAAAAGCAUUUGGCCCCUAGUAGUGGUGGUGAUGAAUGGUGUCAUACAUUACAAAAGACAGAAAACUUCAGCAUCACGCUACGUCUGCCCAGCGGGGCUCUUACUAAAUUAUUUCCUAAGCUGAAUUCUUUCAGGGCACACAAUAAUUGCAGAGGUGGGCCAGAAGAAAAUGCAAUGCAACGCCAGUGCUUACAAGACACAUGCAAGCCCUUCAGCCGCCUAAUAAAUCAAGUUCUUUGUAGGUCAGUGGAGGAAUUCAGCCCCAUCACUACAGAAAACCGAUGUUAAGAAAUGUUGAGAAACAUCAGUGUUCAACUACUUGUCCGUUGUUGGACAACAGAAGUGAGUAUUUGAAGGUAAAAAUUGUAUAUUUUGCACUACUUAAGAAGUGUGCUGAUACACGUUUAAAUUUUUUUGAACUGUUUACAGCCACCAACUGUUUAUUUUGGAAAAUAACUAAUAUGUUUAAAUGUCUAAAUAAUGACUGUUGAAAUGUAUUACAUUGACUGUACUCUACGCAUGUGUUUAUUUAACAGGAGCUAUUUCCAAGCUUAAAAAUGGAAAUUGAUUGUUGACAUAAAUAACACAAGUUUGUCUGUCAAAGGGCAAAAUGUUACAUCAUUUGCCAAUUUAGAAUUUUAAAAGACUGUUCACUCCCAUAGUAGAGGCAGCUCGCCAAACAGACAGGGAAGUCUUGGAUUUUGCUCAUAUUACUUUUUCUAUGUUUUUACGAGCACGAGCCAGUGGCGGAGUGGGACUUAUGUCGUAGGCUAUUUAUUUGUAAUGAUGACAGGUGACAGAAUGGUGCACCAUUCUUUUUUUUUUUGGUUGGAAAUAACUUCUGACUUUAUUUGCAGCAUCAUCUUGAGUUGAGGUCCGCUUUUACAAUGCAAUGUUGUCUGACGUUUUUUUUUUAUUAUUUUUUUUUUUUAACCUCCCGCAUUUUGUCUUAGUAUUGCUGAUGUUGAAUCUUUCCUGUUCUGUGUUGUCUUGUACACUGUAAAAAGAGUUUCUUGGAUGCAGUUUGCACCAUAAACAGGAGUUUGAGGCAUCCCACUUCAGUGGUCAUUUGUUCAGACUUUAGACAAAACAAAUAAAGGGAUGUAUAUAACAGCA